AUGAAUCCUGCAGCAAAGAGGCAGAGGACAGACGACGCAGAUGGCGUUGGCACGAAUCCGCACGCGUCCGCACAGCACCAGCAAGUUCCUUACGGUAGCAGUGGCAUACCCGGACAGACAUAUCAGACAUAUGUUCCCCGAUAUAGCGACGCUCCCAUUGCUGGCGGGCCAUAUACGGUGGCCAAUACUUACUACCACCCACCGCAUCAGUACGCUCCCAUUUAUAUGCCUCCACCACGGCCCAGCCAAAUGUAUUAUCCAAACCCGAUCCCAGACGGCAUCACGGUACCCCGCAUUGAGGAACUGGACACUAGUGGUCUUGUGCAGUCCACACUGGUCAAUCAUUACGUUCAGCAAGCGUUCGAAGAACAGUCAGAAAUCAUCGACUUUGAUCACUUGAGUAAAAGGGCAUGGCAUGCCAUCAACUCCCAGUAUGCUGGAAUGAGCGGAAGCAAGCAAUACGAUAGGUCGUGGGAUGUGACACGCGAUGUCGUGGAAUGCAUCGAAAGCAUCCGAGGGCAGGUCAAAGAGUUCAGUUCUUUUGACACUAAGGUAAAUGCUCUGGAAACACUAAGAAAGAUCGCGAAGACGAUUUUGCUGUCAGGCGACGUUAUCGGGCACGAAGUCAGGCAGCACUUCCAGUGUGAAAGUGCCUUCAGUGAAGCCGUCGCAGAGAUCCUUGACAGCAUGUCCGAAGAUGAAUGCGUGGCUGCUGGUCAAAACGUGUCAGAAGUUGGGAAAGGUACGCUUCUGGAGAAGCUGGAAUGGGUUUGUGCAGAGGCAGAGGACCACUGCCUGGAAGACCUUGAUGUGAGCGAAGCUUGUGCACGGCUUCGAUACGAUGAUCCUGACGAAGUCACGGAUGAGGAGUAUGAGAAAGAGGAUGAGGGCGGAGGGGACGACCAAGAUGAAGAAGAAGACGAAGACGAGAAUCAGGAAGACUAUGAAAGAGAGAUGAAGGAUCCACCGGAGGAGACGAUGGACGAAGCAACGCAUCAGACGAGGACGAGGAACCGGCUCACCCCUCUCAAUUCGCAGCUUGCGCUCAUAAAGUCGAACAUAUAUUAAGCUACAGAUUACGGCUAUGCCAAGGAAAUGGCACUGGACGCUCUUGUCAAUAUUGGCAACUUGAUCCUUAUGGCAGAAGGGAGCGUUGUGGCCAAGGAGAUCAGAGCGCAGUUAUCACACGUUCAAAUCAUACCGGAGCUAAUUCUUUCCAUUGUGAGAUCGAUCUCAGAAAGCGACCGCAAGGCGAUAGGCAAAGAAGGACGCCUCACAGAAGAUCUCACCAGACUGAUUGCAGUGGCAAAGGGUCGUGCCGUCACCGUGUAUGAUUGCCUAGGCCAGGCCAUUGAGAUGCUAUCCUGA